AUGGCGUCACAUGGCUUAGUAAAGGACAUCGAGAGGGUGGACUACAGUACGAAAUGCUGCUGCCGAACCACUGACAACGCGUAUUAUCAGGCGCCCAAGCAGUACUUCAUCCGCCACCCGACUCUCUCACGGCGAAAACUCACCUUGGCGGAACCCUUUAAUGUCCCUUUCGAUUCCUCCACCUUUGAAAAGGUUCUGCUAGAGCUGGAGAGGGCUUCUAUUCUUUCCGCCGCGGCUGCCGUCACCACGGACACCGAAAAUGCCGGGGGCGAGAAUGCGCAGAAGCCGCAGUGGAUGAGAGACCUCGACAAGCGCCAGCAGAGUUUUUUAGCUGCCUGUUUGGGAAUAACAACCUGGGAUGGACGCGAUGUGUGUUUCUACGAAGAAAAACUGCCAAAGGAAAACGAUGUGGUGUGGGUUAAAGUGAUUCAGGUCAAUGAUACUUCUGCCGUGGUUCACCUUCUUGAGUACGGUAACCAUGAAGGUAUUAUUCCCUACACGGAAAUUACGCGUAUUCGCAUUCGGGCCAUUGGUAAAGUUAUCAAAGUAGGUAGGAAUGAGGCCGCGCAAGUGAUUCGAAUUGAUAAGGAGAAGGGAUACAUUGAUCUUUCUAAAAAGCAGGUUACUCUUAAAGAGGCAAAGGAAUGUGAGGCUCGUUUUUUGAAGGGCAAUGAGGUGCGUUCUAUUGUGUGCCACGUUGCCGAUGAAUGCGGCAUCCCGGCGGCACAGGCUAUGGAGAUGAUUGCCUACCCUCUUUACCGCCGUCAACCAGGAAAACAUGCGUGGGACUGGUUACACGAGUUGAAUCGCACUCGCGACGUGAAAGGCAUUCUUGGGCCUCUGAAUCUCCCGGAGAAGGCCCAGGAGUUACUUCUGGCGACGUUGGAGCACACUGUGCGAACCGAUGUUGCCACCAUUCAAGCUGAUAUUGAAAUGACAUGCUUUCAGUGUGACGGCGUGAACUCUCUUCGAGACGUGCUUUUGAUUGGUCGUAACUUUAAAGCAGACCAAGAGCCCAAAAUUCCUAUUUCUGUUACUGUUGUGGGACCUCCCAGGUACCAGCUGCGCGCCAAGACCGAAGAGCGAGAGGAGGGCCUUCGUCGCAUGAGAGAGGCGAUGGAGACGAUGUCAAUUGAAAUUGCGAAGCGUGGCGGGAUACUGCGGGUGGUUCAAGGCCCCUACGCUUUGGGUGAGGAAGAGCAGACGAAGGAUGAGCCGAACGACGAUCAGGAUUACGACGAUGACGAGACAGAUUGA